ACGAGAGAGGUCCAGCCCGCCGUGUCCUGCCCGGGCGCUACAGCUAGCCUCCCCGGCCUGGAACGGGAGGAGUUGCCGGCUCAACCUCCAACCGGGAUGGGGCCCMGCGCGGGGGCGCGUUGCCUCCCGGUCCAGGGGACCGUGUCUGCCGCGACGGUUUGAGGCCCGGCCGCCCCUGGGGAGGGCGGACGGCCAGGUGCSGGGCCGAACCACUGGCCUGACCUUGGCCGGGCGGAUCUGGCACCGCUGCCGCCACGCGCAGAUGUUUUCAAAUCAGCGAACAUUUACUGAGCAUCUGCUACGUCCAAGAUGAACAUCUGCAACAAGCCUUCCAACAAGACAGCCCCUGAGAAGAGUGUGUGGACAGCACCUGCACAGGCCAACGGACCUUCCCCAGAGCUGCAAGGCCAGCGGUCCCGUCGGAAUGGGUGGAGUUGGCCUCCUCACCCACUUCAGAUUGUGGCCUGGUUGCUGUACCUCUUCUUUGCUGUGAUCGGCUUUGGGGUCCUUGUUCCUCUCCUGCCUCACCACUGGGUGCCUGCUGGCUACGCUUGCAUGGGUGUCAUCUUUGCUGGUCACCUCGUGGUGCACCUGACUGCAGUCUCCAUCGAUCCAGCAGAUGCCAAUGUACGGGACAAAAGCUAUGCAGGACCCCUGCCCAUCUUCAACCGCAGCCAACAUGCACAUGUCAUCGAAGAUCUGCACUGCAACCUGUGCGACGUGGACGUGAGUGCACGCUCUAAGCACUGCAGUGCUUGCAACAAAUGCGUGUGUGGUUUUGAUCACCACUGCAAGUGGCUCAACAACUGCGUUGGCGAGAGGAACUACCGCUGGAGCUCUGGGGUGCUGACAGCUGCCCAUGGCUGGGCCAGGCUCUUUCUACACAGUGUGGCAUCUGCUUUACUGGGUGUCCUGCUCCUGGUGCUGGUGGCCACUUAUGUUUUUGUGGAGUUCUUUGUCAACCCCAUGCGGCUGCGUACCAACCAACACUUUGAAGUCCUGAAGAAUCACACCGAUGUGUGGUUUGUGUUCUUGCCUGCUGCCCCUGUGGAGACCCAGGCUCCUGCCAUUCUGGCCCUGGCUGCCCUACUCAUCCUUCUUGGCCUGCUGUCCACAGCCCUGCUUGGCCACCUGCUCUGCUUCCACAUUUACCUCAUGUGGCACAAGCUCACCACCUAUGAGUACAUCGUGCAGCACCGCCCACCACAGGAGGCAAAAGGGGCCCACAGGAAGCUUGAAUCAUGUCACCCCAAGAUGCGACCAAUUCAGGAGAUGGAGUUCUACCUGAGGACCUUCAGCCAUGUACGCCCAGAGCCCCCUGGCCAGGCCAGGCCUGCUGCAAUAGAUGCAAAUCCCUCCAGGUUUCUUGCCACGGGAGGCCCAGUGGAACCUCCUCCGCCCUCCUCCUCAGACACGCUGGCCCUGCCUCCCAGGAUCCGACCCCAGAAAAAGAGGAAGCGGCGCAUGUAUAAGGUGCCGAGGUCUGGGAUCUUGGACCGGGAGACCCAGCUGCCCAGGCUUCGGGGGCUCCGGGGCCCAGGCCGCAGCUCCAGCUCAUCGACUGAUUCUUCCGGUGCCAGCCCAGUGCACGCCGCYGGUCCUGCAGGCGCCUACCACUCGGCGUCAGCAGAGUCUAUGGACGAGAUUCCAGUGGCUCAGACGCGCCUGGGCAGCGCCGCCCUGGCGGCCCCGGCGGGCAGGGGCCGAGAGACAGGGCUGGCGCUGCAGGCUCGUGCACCGGCGGUUUUCGUGAGCCUAAGCAGCGGCGAGCCCGGGACACCGGGAGGCCGGGAGGGAGGCCUGAAUUAGUCUCACCGAGAGGUAGGAGGGCCGAGGAGGAGCGGCCGGCCCAACUCUCUAUGCAACACCACAUUUUCGCCGCACCGAGUGCACUUUAGGGGCCUGGACGGCCGGCGGGAUCGGCCUUGCUCCCUGCGACUCAGCAAUAUUAGUCCCACCGGCCCCGAUGCUCCAAUAAACUUUUUUAUGCUUUUGCGGACUAAGUGCUUACUUUUCCAAUGACCAGGGCCAUGGGCCUUCUGGGAGUCGGACCAUUGCCACUGCUUGGAGGCAGAGGAUGGUUUGUCUAGUUGCCAAAUGGAGGCGCGCGAGGAUCCAAGGCGCUCARUUCGGGGAUUAAGAUUAGGAGAGGCCCUGGAAGGCUACCAGAACGACGUUCUGUUUUGCACGUGGGAGACCUGGGUAAGCAGCCUUUGGGCUCCAGAGGUAGCAGCUGGAGUAGAGGCUGCGAGGCCAAGACCAUGGCAAGAUGUGAGUGAAAGGAGGCGGCCGACUUCGGAGAACCAAGAGCUUUCUCCCCGCGGCCGGAUCGUGGGCCGAGCAUGGCAUUCUAGGACAGGGCAAACGUGAUCCGCUCAUUAUCGUUUUCCUCGGUGCUCUGUAAACUGGACCCUACCCGAGAGAAGACGGAGUUGUGACCGGGAUGCCACACAGUGAAUAGCUGUGAUCUUGAGUCAGCAGUAGACUCCWGUCACCGAGGGAAGGGGAACUUCCUAUUGUUUGCCCCACCCUGCUUCAGCUCCCAAACGGCCUCGAGUUGUCGCUCUGCAGAGCUGGAUCUCCAAUGGAUGUUGGGGGCCUGUUUGAACUUUGGGCGGAGCUCAGGAUAGGGGGCUGUUUUCCUAUUAUGGGGACUAUUGGAGGACAUCCAGAAGUACAGAUGACUGCUCUCGGCUC